AUGUUCGACCGUGAGUUGUGGGCCAUUGUUUGGGCUGUGCAUCAUUUUCGCCAUUAUCUCGCAGCUCACCCUUUCACCAUUAUUAUUGACCACAAACCCUUGGUAGGCCUCAAGAAGUUGCCAUUAGACCAGGAUCCCACUGGACAGAGAGCCUGCUGGUCAGUGGAGCUAGACCUCUAUGACUGGUGCAUAGUCCACCACAAUGGUGCCAAACAUCUCAAUGCUGAUGCUAUGUCUUGCUGCCCACCUUUUGAGCUCACUGAGAGUCAUAGUCCUACUCAGCUCACCAAUACACUGCCUUCAGAUAAAGCUACACAGACAGUUAACAUUGCUGUACCAUCAGGCACUGUCUGGAGCUGCAUGCCCAUUAAUCAGAAAAAAAUCAGGGUCAUAUGGGUCUGGCUCUGCCAUAAUAUUGAAUAUGAUUUGGAUGGGUACCUUAGUCUUUCCCCAAAGCUCUGCACCCCAGAGGAAGUCAUUAAGGAGGGCCGAGGAGUAUGCAGUGGAUUUUCCAGCAUCUGUCUGGAGAUGUGCAGGGAAGUUGGUAUGCAGUGUGAGGAGGUGAGUGGGUACAGUAAGGGCAUUGGGCACUGGCCUGGGCACAGGCUAGCUGAUACAGUACCUUCUGACCACAUGUGGAAUGCUGUGUGGGUGAAGGGGCAGUGGGGGCUUCUGGACUUCUGUUGGGGGGCAGGCACUGUCAACAUGGACACCAAAUCUUUUGUUAAGAGAUUUGAUGAUUUUUACUUCCUGACUGAGCUGAGAGAAUUUAUAAAUUCUCAUUUUCCUGAUGAUGAGAACUGGCAACUGCUGGAUACUCCAAUCUCUCUGGAACAGUUUGAACUGAUACCAUUAAAGACUUCAGCAUUCUAUACGCUGGGGCUGACUCUUCUACAACCCACACAGUACAAAAUAACCACAGGUCACACACCCACACGGGUAAAUGAGGUCAACGGCUCAUGUGGUUUGCUGUCAGUGACACAGCAGGGCAUGAGUCUUCGUCUGCUGCCACCAGAGCCAGGAGCCUAUGAGCUGAAGCUGUUUGCGCAACCAGAAGAUGACACUGGCACUCUGCUCUGGGUCUGUACUCUGGAGCUGGAGCGUCUAGCUAUCCAGCAGAGCCAGCCGCUGCCUGCUAACCCCUAUCUGAGUUGGGGCUUAGGGUACAAUGCAGAAGUGCAUCGGGUGAAGGGCUGCAGUGUGUCAAACCAAGACCCUUUGGAGGUUUGUGAGAGAGGAGAGUGUGAGGUGGUGCUACACACCUCACGCCCCUUGAUGAUGGUGUGUGAACUCAUACACCCUGAACUUGACUUUGCUCUGGCUAAACCCUGCCUGGCAUUGCAAAUAGCAGCAGAGCAACUAGUAUGCAACGUGCUAUGCCCAUACAAAGGCUAUUACCGUCUUUCUGUGUUUGUGCAUGAUUAUGAUGAUGGAAGUGGUUCCUUUCAGAAUGUAGGGAAUUUCUUGCUGCGAUGCAGAGGCUUAGCAGUGAAUCAGAACAUGCUAUACCCCCCUGAUCUUAGUCAUUGGUGUGGACCAGGAAUGCGCACUCAAGCAGCCAGACUGUCUCACUUCAGCCACACAGGAGCAUUAGUGAAUUUGCCUCAGGGUUGUUGUAAUAUUACUUUCCACUGCACCUCAUCACAACUGCAAAUACACGCAGUCCUCAGUGCAGAGUCAUAUCAGAAGAACAAAGAAAAAUUGAAUUAGGCCAUCUUUCCACUGUCACGACACGUUUUGCUCACGUUCACAGACAGCAAAGUGACAGUGAGCGUGUGUGUACCGCAUCCUGGAGUCUAUCGCUUGGGUUUGUAUGGACGCACACCCCCUCAGCAAGACUACGCACCACUGUGUGACACAUGUGGAGAACCAUUCCCAUGCGUGUAUUCAGCGUGGGGGAAAGGGUGCGUGCUGCUGGAACCACAUGGAGGUGUGCUGGCUCCACAGAGCUUGCGUUUCCGUGUGCAGGUGCCAGCAGCACGGAGAGUGAGCGUGUUAGCAGAGGAGCGAGUAGAUUUAAAAAUGAAUAAGAGCAGGGUGUGGGAGGGCAAGGCCUUUACAGGGAACCUCCCUCAAAUUAAACUGACUGCAGCCACUUCGGACACCAGCAACAUGGCUGUGCUCAUGACCUUUGAUGUCCUCAACCUGGAGAGCAAACUGUGA